CUGGUUUGUUGAUUGUAAAGCAUAGGUAUUAGCUCUUGUCAUGGAUUCUCCCCGGGUGUGUGUAAGCGUAUGUGAGAGUUUGGGUGUAUGUCCGCUUUGUGCUGGGUUUGGGUGUAGGAUGUGUAGCGUGUGUAUAUCAAGGUAUUAGGCUCAUCAUGUAGGAUUUGUAUCUGCUCUGUGUGUCCUGUGAGAGUGGAAAUGUGCAGGAUGACAGUGUGUGAUGUCCUGUUAAAUGAACACUGUGAGGAACAGUCAUAUACCUGUGUGUAGCUCAUGUGUGUGUGUAUAGCAGGUUAUCUGUGAAUGAUGCCAUUUUUGUGAUAGCUAAUUUAAUUUGACCUUAUACCCUUCUCCCUCUUCCCUUGCCCUUUACCUGUUCUCAUCCUUCCCACCAUCCCACCCUUAUCUACCCACAUCCCUUUGUCCUGCUUCUUUAUCCCUUGUUUUGACCCCACCAUCCUCACCCUUCAAAUAUGAAGCGUAGUAAGUCAGACGACUUACAUCCUGAGGAACUGGGUGCACAGGAUGCCCAACCACUCACUCCCAUGGAGGUGCGAGGCACAGACAGCCCUGCCCAAGGGGAUCUGGGAUCUGCUGGCACAGCUGUCAGCCAAGGUCCUCCAGCCGUCAACCGCAACAAGCCACCAGAUCUUAAGAAGAUCCAGCAGCUUUCUGAAGGCUCUAUGUUUGGGCAUGGAUUGAAACAUCUUUUCCACAGCCGAAGAAGAUCCAGAGAGCGUGAUCACCAGGCUGCAUCAGAACCCCCAGUCCUGUGUUCAACUCCAGGUCCUUCAACACCCCAGAUUCAAACAGCCGCCCCACUCUCCUCAUCUGAUCACGAUUCUGCUGAUGAAAAGGAGCGUUCUCCUGAGAUGCACCGUGUAUCAUAUGCAGUAUCACUUCAUGAUCUCCCUGCUAGACCCACUGCCUUCAACCGUGUCCUGCAGCAAAUACGCUCCCGUCCUUCUGUCAAACGAGGGUCUGGACAGCAUGGAGGUGGUCGACGGAGCAAAAGUGGCCCUGGUGACACUGCUCACCAUCAACAUCAUCCGCCAUUGCGAGGAGGGAGCCCCCAUCUUCCAAGACGUCCUCCGCCACUAGAUGGUGGACUGGCUGCUGUGCUUCACCAUCACCAGGGUCGCCCAAGAUCUUCAUCCACCACUGAUGCUGCUUUAUUGGCUUCCAGUGACACAAUUGGAGCUGGGGGGCAAGCACAUGAGGACCAGGACAGAGCAGCAGAAAAGCAACAACUCGACAAAGGGGAUCUGAGCACCCUAGGGCUGCCCCCCAGCACAGUUCAUGGAGGCUCAGAGGGAAACAUCAGCCUGGAAGUCCCAGAGGGAGCACCUGACCCUCAACGCACAAAGGCAGCCAUGGAUCAUCUGCAUCAGAAGAUCCUAAAAAUCACAGAGCAGAUCAAAAUUGAGCAGGAAGCAAGAGAUGACAAUGUGGCUGAAUAUCUGAAACUGGCAAAUAACGCAGACCGCCAACAGGCCUCUCGCAUCAAGCAGGUUUUUGAAAAGAAGAAUCAAAAGUCUGCUCAAACUAUUGCCCAGCUGCAUAAAAAGCUGGAGCAUUAUCACAAAAAGUUGAAGGAGAUUGAGCAGAAUGGCAUUUCCCGUCAGCCCAAAGAUGUACUAAGAGAUAUGCAACAAGGUCUAAAAGAUGUGGGAGCCAAUGUGCGUGCAGGCAUCAGUGGCUUUGGGGGAGGUGUGGUGGAGGGUGUGAAGGGAGGACUUUCUGGCCUGUCUCAAGUCACUCACACUGCAGUGGUUUCAAAGCCCCGUGAAUUUGCUAGCCUAAUCCGCAAUAAGUUUGGCAGUGCUGACAACAUUCCUCAUCUUAAGGAUGGUCUGGAAGAGGAUGGGGAGGGACAAGGUGGAAACCGUGCACUCAGUGGAAGUGCCACACUAGCACCUAGCCCCAAAUAUGGCAGCGAUGAUGAGUGUUCUAGUGCUACCUCUGGGUCAGCUGGAGGAGGGAGUAACUCUGGGGCAGGACAAGCAGGGCCUGGGAGUCCCAGGUCUAAUACUCUGGAUGCUCAUCAUCAUGGACAUCAUGGGGGAUUCGAUGCGAUACUUGAGGAGCUAUGUGAGAUCAAAGAUGGUCAGAGCCACAUAGAGGACUCAAUGGAAGACUUAAAAUCACAGUUGCAGCGGGAUUACAACUAUAUGACACAGUGUCUUCAGGAAGAACGCUACAGGUAUGAACGACUGGAAGAGCAGCUGAAUGACCUGACAGAGCUUCACCAGAAUGAAAUGACUCUGCUGAAGCAGGAGCUUGCAAGCAUGGAGGAAAAAGUAGCUUAUCAAUCAUAUGAACGAGCCAGGGACAUUCAGGAAGCAGUGGAAUCCUGUCUCACCCGAAUUACUAAACUUGAGCUACAGCAGCAGCAACAACAAGUGGUUCAGCUGGAGGGAGUAGAAAGUGCCAAUGCUCGGGCUCUCCUUGGCAAGUUCAUCAAUGUGCUUCUGGCACUGAUGGCUGUGUUACUAGUGUUUGUGUCCACAGCAGCCAGCUUUAUUACCCCCUUGGUGAAAACUCGAUUGCGCCUCCUCUCUUCGCUGCUCUUCCUCCUUUCUCUGCUAACUCUUUGGCGGCACUGGGACUGUGUCACUUCCUGUCUUGAACAUGUACUCUUACCCAGCUGAUACCCUUCUCUCUUUUUUUGAAACUGCAAACAUAUCCUGUUUUCCCUCCACAGGUAGGGCAAGAGGCAGGCUUGGAGGGGGGUACUGCCCAGUGCUAACUUAAUAUACUUAUAUAAAUAUCAGUAUGGAACUGUUUAUCUUGAUAAACCUAUAUAGAGCUUCUUAUUAAAAAAAGGGGCGGGCAUUUGCCAGUUUUGCCCAUACAGUCUGGAGGAGAAUGGGGUCUUUCAGAGGUAUAUGGAUUCGCUGAAAGGAAGAUAGAAUGACUUUCAAUUGUAGAAGAACGUACAAAAUGGGUGGAAGAUGUCCUUCAUUAUGAAUGUUCAAUCAAGUGUUCAUGGGACAGUGAACUGCAGAAAGUGAUAUUUUUUAAAAUGACUAUGAAAAUAUGCUCUGCCUUAUGACAAGCAUUGCUCUGCAUGAUGGAUAUGGAGUUCUGCUUUUUUGUUAGCAAGUUAUUCUCGGAAUAGUGUGAAGUGCUCUGUAUCAUAGAAAGCAAUCUUGCAGUGCAAGGCUCUGUAACAUCAUAGGAAGCAAUCAAGUGUGCUCUGUAACAUAAAGUAUAAACAAAAUUCUGAGCCAUCUAUUGCAAGGCCCACUCUUCUGCACCUGCUACAAAAGGAAAGCAACGAUAUUGUGUUAGAUUUGCUUCAGGGGCCUAAAAUUCUGUUCUUAUGAAAAAAAAGUCUAUUACUGCUAUUCCUUUUUACCGUUGGUUUAGAACAAUGGGCAAGUAAUAGCUUGACCACUAGUGAAGAAGUAAUAGGAAGGAAAUGCUAUAAAAAUGUAUUUGUAAAUGUAUUAUGCAAUAAUUAUGAUCUUCUGUGCACUUCUUAAACUUGGAGAGCAUUGUGUCAUAAACGAGACCUCUAAGCAGCAUAAACAAGCUGGGAGUGAAGAAUCAGUAUUCUGUUUAUCUAUACAUUUCUUUUUCCCUCCUUCAGAACUGAGUUUAAAAGGAUAAGAAAUUGUAUAUGUCAUAUAAGCCAUCAAAUCUUUAUUUAUUUAUUUAUUUUAUGGGUUGAUUUGAUGAAGACGAAAAUUGCAUGGGGUUUUGGUUUCACAGGAUGCCAAAUCCUACAGCAGUGAAAUUGUUAGCUCUUACCGUGCCCUUCUGAACUCCUUUACAUCAAGCAAAGAAUGUAUGAAUUACAGUUAAAGCACUAUAUGUAUAAGCAAGAGUAACAAAUGUUUCCUGUGCCUAGGCUUUGCAAAUAAUCCAAAAAUUGAAGUAGGCCUCAGUGAGAAAAGAGACAUUUUAGCUAUUCCACAAAAUCCCUUAGUGUUAAAGGAACAAUUAGCUGGGAUACUUAUACUUUAUUGUCUCUGAUCACAGAUAUAGAAAAGGGGCCAUAUUGGCUCGCAAAAUGUGUGUGUGCAAAUUAGUCACCAGUUUGUUCCUGAAAACUGGCAUUUAUGUGGCGCUAUGGACCAUUGAUGCAUGCUUCCCACCAAAUCAUUUCACAUCCUUAGACAAAAACAAACCACUCCAACAUCAGACCUUCCAUAACUGGCCUGUGUGAUUCCAUCCUUAUUGUGUUUAGGUUACAUUUUUCAAUGAGCAGAUAUUAGUCUCCACCUAUAUAAGAUAUGCAUACAUAUCAGAUGUGAGGGUGUUUCUGAGCCAGGUGACACAACAGUACUUUGAACAUUUUCUGUGUGCAUUAAAUUUAAUGUCUGGGAAAACUUUCCUUGGCCCACGAGAUACUGUAACAAAGAGUAUCACAAGGCAAGGUGUGUAUGUGUCACAUUCUCUUGCUUCUGUGUGGAAAUAAAAUUUAUACAUUUCAA